UAAAACAGCUGUAUUUUUUAAUUUCGAAUUAUCUACUAUUUACAAAUUAAUUGUUGGAUAAUUGUUUUGCAAAAAAGUUAUUUCCAAUUUGAUAAAUUAUACUAUUAUUUUUAGCUGUAUAGCUGUAUUACUUAACUUAUUAUUAUUAUUAUGUCAAAUAUUAUUUGUAUCAUUUUAAGGUAACUGAUGAAAAUAAUGGACAAGCCUCAAGUUCCAGUGCAGAGCAGAAACCUAUUGUAAAACAUCCAUUAACUACAAAAGAUUAUUGUAGGAAACAUGUUGGGUAUCCUGCAAAACUACCAGUUUUAACGCCUGCUCUGCAAAAAAUAAAAAAUGAAGAUCAAGUUUAUCAGAAUCAAUUACUUUUUAUUAAUUUCUGGUCAACCCAUUUGGAGACGAUUACUGAUAGUAAUCCGACCAAAUCAGAUUACUAUAAUUACUGCAAAACAAUAGUUGACACGUUUCCAGAGAUUAAAGGUGUAAUGAAGAAUAAUUUCGAUAUUCUAAAGACUCAAAUCGCUACUUCUAUUCGCAAUAGGCGAUAUCAAAAGAAGCAAGCCUUAAUGAAAUCUGCUGUACCCUCCAAAAAACAUCCUUUAGUAAUUUGCAGUACUACACAUACACCUGGUUCAAGUGAAGUAUCGAAACAAUCUGAAGGAUUAAAUUCCAAAAAAGAUGUAGUGGAAGCUGAGGCAGCUUUGAAGAAAUGCUCCUCAUCAGAUGAAUCAUUACAUGUAAAACAAUUACUUCGAGAAACUUAUUCUGUUCGACGUCUUUGGAUAGAAAAAGACGCCACAAACAUAAAGGAAAUCAUCGAAAAAUGUCCACAACUUAAUAUUCAUUCGCUCAUUAUGCAAGAAUUUUGCCAAAUAAAGGAUAAAAAUGAAGCAUUACUUUACAAUUCAAUGGAUAAACUGAUUUUAAAAUUAGGAUCAUAUUUUGAAAUAAAUAUAUUUGACGAAACAUCAAAAGUUGAAAUCCUUCUAACUGUCCAUGAGAAACUAACCCUGGGUAAAUAUCGUAAAGUUAAUGAAUCGAUCAUCAUAAUCGAAGAGGCAGGAAAAAGCACAAAAGCUCUUUUAACAUCGGAUAGUACUGCUCCACGUUUAGUUUUAUAUUCGGCUGAAGGAAGUAUUGCCGAAGCAUUCAUUGUUUCAGCUGGUGCUAGAGUAAAAAUUCAAGAACCCAGUGUUUCAAGGGCCGUCGUGUGUCUUUUUGCCACGUAUUACGUGUGGCAUUGUAAUUAUCCAACAGCCUACUGUAAUUUACUAGAAUACUUUGACUUUGAAAUUACAGGAAAAAUUACAAAAAAUAACAGGAUUUUAAAAUUUAUUCGUGAUAUGCAAUUCAAAAAUAAGAAAAAUAAUAAGCCGAGCGAACAGAAAUAA